AUGCAAAACUUUGUUGACUCCAGUGGCAAAUUUGCUGUAGACCUUUUUAAACAGCAAAUAAACAAGAGUUAUGGGAAAAAUUUAAUUUCAUUCUCAGUUGGUGGACAAUUGUCAUUAGCCUUGCUCUUGCUUGGCAGCAAAAAAGAGACCGCUGAUGAAAUAACAAAGGCCAAGGGGUCACUCUGGGAGCAGGUCACUGUUGGCCUUACCUUUGUGGGCAGCCACAGUGAGCAGAUUGGUAUGAGUCCUAUGGGUUGGAAAGCUCUUCGCUUCUUGAAAUCGGCAGGAACUGGGACCGCUGCAGAUGAGUCUCUUUCUGGGUCUGAGUGCGAUAAAUCUGGAGGAUUUCACACCUGGUUCAAUCAGCUCCUAUCAGCCCUCAGACAGCCUUCCAAAUAUCGUAUGCUGAAGAUGGCCAGUCGGAUAUAUGGAUCAAAAGCUUAUCAUUUCCUGGAGCAAUACGAAAAGUGCAUAAAAGAGCUAUACAAUUGCGAAUUGGAAAGUGUUGACUUUAUGAAUGCAAAUGAGGAAGUUAGACGGAAAAUUAAUUCCUGGGUUGAAAGGAAAACAAAUGGUGAGAUCACGAAUUUCUUUCCUGCUAACUCCAUUGACCGAUCAACUGCCUUGGUCUUAUUAAAUACUGUCUAUUUCCAAGGAAUGUGGAAGAGGCCAUUUAAUCCAAAAGAUACACAAAGAGGAAUCUUUUGGACUUGUAAGGAUCAGAGCAUGUAUGUGGAUAUGAUGACUCAAAAGGGCAGAUUUAACAUAGCCAAUAUCUCGAACCCACCAAUGACAGUGGUGGAGAUGGAAUAUGAGAAUGAAGAGCUGAGUAUGAUCUUUCUUGUACCAGAAAGCAGCAUUUCUACAGAUGAGAUUAUAACGAAUCUCACUUAUGAACGACUUCAAGAAUGGACCGAUCCAGGAAAUAUGAAAAACGUAGCAAUUAAAUUGUCCAUGCCAAAGUUCUCAGUGCAAAAUCAAUAUCCACUGAAAGGUCUGUUUUCAGAAAUGGGGGUGAAAAAUCUGUUUAUUCCAGGCAAAGCCGAUUUAUCUGGCAUGACUGGGAAUAAUCAGUUAGUUGUGUCUCAGAUUUUUCAAGCAUUUGCAUUUACUGUCAGCGAAGAAGGGUCAGAAGUAUCUGGAGCCUCUCGUACAGAGGUAGUUUCUGGGAGUCACUCUGAUGUUAAAAUAAAUAAGCCUUUUUGGUUUGCAUUGAAACAUAAACGAACCAAUGUGACCCUGUGUUUGGGUAGGAUUUGUGAGCCAAACUGGAAGGGGCAUCCAAAAUAACAAAUGUCUUUCCAGAUGUUGUGAACAGUGGAGCCUUCUAUAUUCUUAAUUCUUUUUCAACUUGGCUAAUACCUUGUCUAAACUUAUAAGCCCAAAAUCGAUUUCCUAUUUGCCUAUCUGGGUCAAAAAAAGCUUUCACUUUGUGA